AUGUUGUUCUAUUUGCAAAGUACAGACCCGAAUGAAUACGGGACAGUAAAGCUACAAACAAACUUAGGUCUUCAGAAUGAAGCGCUUGCUUUCAGAGUUGUUGACUUCAAUACUAUCGCAACUUUUGUCAUAACAGAUGAAACAGAUUUCAUAGAGAUUGAAAUAGAUGACAAAAAAAGUGUUAUAACAUUUCCUAACAGAGCUGGGUAUAGAAUAGAUAAAAUUGCUGGAGUCAUGGAUACUCUCAUAAAUGAAGAAACUAUUGACAACAUAGAUGUCGAACUCUCUUCUGAGGGAACAUUGAAGUUCAGUUAUGCGAAAGAGUUUAAGAUACCAAGAAUGAGUCAUAGAGUACAACUUCUUUUGGGUGCAUACCAUUAG